CCAAAUCUUCAAUUCCACAGGCACUAGCCAAGUCUGAGAAACCCAGGAGUUUCUGGAUCGCAUCGCAUUCGCUUCGACUUAUUCUGCCCAUUGGAGCUCUAUUGCUCCUGCUUCAGCAUUACAUCAUCGCAGACAGAACGCCGCGAUGGCAUCUUCCUGGAUCAGACCUCACCGAUUCGAAAUCCAAGUGUAAUCAGGUUGAACCUCUCUUCCCAUCGAAGAAGACGAAAGAGUUGGAGGAUGUUGAACUUUACCUGAAGUCUGACGCUUUUCGGGAGGUUGCGAUUAAUCGUUUGUCGGGUGCCGUACAGGUGCCAACUCAGAGCUAUGACGAUAUGGGAGACGUCGACGUGGACCCACGCUGGGACAUCUUCUACUCUUUCGCGGACUACCUCGGCAGGACCUUCCCGCUCACACAUGCAAGCCUACAGCUCGAGAAGAUCAAUACCCAUGGCUUGCUGUACACCUGGACUGGUACGGAUUCGUCGCUGAAGCCUACGCUGCUGAUGGCACAUCAAGAUGUCGUGCCUGUUCCGGAUAGCACGGUUAAGCAAUGGACUCAUCCGCCUUUCUCGGGUCACUACGACGGAACGUUUGUGUGGGGCAGAGGGGCUAGUGACUGCAAGAACCAGCUUAUGGGUAUCCUGGGCGCAGUUGAGGCGCUCGUCUCCGCUGACUUCAAGCCACGCCGCACGCUCAUCUUGUCGUUUGGUUUCGACGAAGAGGUCUCGGGUCAGAGAGGCGCUAGGGAGUUGUCUAAUCACCUCCAGUCAAAGUACGGACACCAUGCCAUCGCUGCCAUUAUCGAUGAAGGCGCGGUAAAUAUUGAAAGUUGGGGUGCCGAUUUCGCAAUUCCCGGCGUUGUAGAAAAAGGUUACAUUGAUGUCGAUGUGGUUAUCAGAAUGCCGGGCGGCCAUUCGAGCAUUCCGCCAAAGCACAACGGUAUCGGAGUGGCCAGCGAGUUGAUCACGUUGAUCGAAGCGAAUACCUACGAGCCAGAACUUGUAGACGGGAACCCAUACCUGGAUCUUCUAUACUGCGGAGCCGAACACGCUCAAGAGUUUCCCAAACAGGUCAAGAAGCUUCUGAACAAGCGAUCCACUCGAAGCAUGACGUGCUCGAGAAAACACCACAAGGACGAACUUGCGCUGGAGGCUGCAAAAGCCGGAUUAGCUACCAAAUACCUUUUCACGACCUCAGUUGCAGUUGACAUCAUCCAGGGAGGCGUGAAGAGCAACGCCCUGCCCGAGCGCACACACAUGACCGUCAACCACCGUAUUAACGUCGGAUCGAACUCAGACGCCGUCAAGAAGCACAUCACCUCCAUAGCUGCCCAAGUCGCACACAAGUACAACCUCACGCUAAACGCCUUCAACGCAACCGAGUCCCCCUCCAGCAUAACCCUCUCCCACAACGAUAAGAUUCUCGAGCCCUCGCCCCUAACACCCACGUCCCUUCACCCAGCCUCCAACACGACGCGCGUCACUCCGUUCUCGGUCCUUUCCGGCACGACGCGCGCGCUGUAUGGCACGGAUCUGCUGGUCUCGCCGGGCAUUAUGACGGGCAAUACGGAUACGCGCUUUUACUGGGAUCUGAGCGAGAAUAUCUUCCGAUAUGGGCCGGGCUGGGAUAAGGAUCAGGUUGGGCUUGGGAAUAUACACACUGUUAAUGAGAAGGUGGGCGUUGAUGCGCAUUUGGAUACUGUGCGGUGGAUGUGGGGGUUCAUUCGGAAUAUGGAUGAGGCGGAGUUGUGAGGGUGUGUUUGUGGGUGGAGAGAAGUGAGGUAUUGGAAAAGCGCUCGUUUUUAGUAGGGCCUUGUAAAGUUGGAUGACGGGAGACUGUUCUUGUGGUUUUUGACUGCGACGAGGUGUUUUUCCGCCUUAUGAAGGUCUCUGCUGGAGAUCAAGUCCACAGUCUUCCACUUCGGUGUCUUUGACGAAGUGAAACAUGUCGUUGUAUUCGUCAAGGCGCGUCUCUUACACAGCUAGCCUGGCCUGGUCUACACAGUGACAAACUAGUGACCAACCUUUUCGUAGCGUCAAAGCAGUGACCAACCACCUUUCCCUCAAGUCUC